CCUAUGUGUCUGUUCGUCUUGCACGUUUUCGAGAGAAGACUGUGUUGGAUGUUAAAAUAUUGGACAAAUACUUAUAAUGUGGUUGACAGUAAUUCGCAUGGCACAUCGCGCAGUGCGUACGCCCAUUCCUGGUAGACAGUGGUCAGGUAAACAUCGUCGACCAAUUGUUAUGACGAAGUGGAGGAUACGAAAUACGGUUAAUAGAUUGGAAAGACAAGCUGAAAAUGAUAGACUAAUCAGUAAACCGUUUCUUACUCAAGAAGAAGAGUAUGGACACGCUCUAAAAAGGAAAAUAAUAGCAAGGGCCGAACUUCAUGAAGUGCGGAAACAGACAUUGCCAGAACACAAACGAAUGGAAGAUCAUUUUGAACAUUUAAAUGUACACAAGAAUUGGGGUCAUGAGUGAUGUACAUUUGCAUGCUGGGAAAAAUGCAGUCCUGUAUAGGGUUUAGAUUAUUAGCCAGGUUUAUUUUUGCCAGUGAAACCCAGCAAAGUUAGAAUGUGUUGUUUUCUCCUCCAACCAGUGAAUGUUUUUCCCUUUACAGGGAUUAAAAUGAUUAUACUCUGUACAGGAAUAUUGUGCUGUCAUGGCAACGAACGGAAGAUGUGUAGGUGUGAACAUUUCCAUAUAUGGAGGGAGGACAUAGAUUGAAUUUCCCUCUCAAAUGCUAGACAAAAAAUAUUA